AUGGAACCUCCGAUGCCAUCAUUGACGUCCGUGUGGCACAAUGCCCCAUACCCAGCCAUCUCUCCCUACCGGAGGGAGCUGAGCGCCUCAGGCAAAACAAUCAUUAUUGCCGGCGCAGGAACUGGUAUUGGUCAAGCGACAGCAUUGGCCUUUGCUCGUGCCGGUGCCGCCAAGAUCAUCAUGAUUGGAUGCAAAGAAGAGACCCUCUUAGCUACACAGAAGCAGUUCGAUUAUAUCACCUCUGUUCAUGCUGCUAGCGUCACAGAUGAUGCCGCUAUUACCGAAACUGCCGCCGUUGUGAUGGAUUUCUUGGCUGCUGAGAACCCGGACGUUUUUGCUGCUGCAUUGCACCCAGGAAUGGUAGACACCGCCAACUUCCGGGCUUCGGGAGCAGACGCUAGCAAGCUGCCUAUGGACUCCGUUGAUCUUCUUGCUGAGUUCGCAGUAUGGCUAACAAGCCCCGAGGCCGCGUUUCUGAAUGGACGUUUCGCGAUGGCGAACUGA